UGUCCUAUCAUUACCGCUGUCAAUUUUAUAAACAUAACCUCUACACAAAGUUUUGAAUUGUCAUCGUCGUAAAAACGCAAAAAAUCUCCGUGUCGGUGUUUCCCCUUCGCUAUGUCGGGCUCCCUCUUCGGCUGGGACCUCGUGCUGAAAAGCGUCGAAUCCGAGAUAAAGUCCAACGAAGACAUCCUGUUGUGUUUCGCCCACCUGGUGCUCGUCUCCAACGACUUCAAGUGCGUCGGUUUGGGCGAAUCCAAGGUUCUCGAUGGCUCUGAAACCAAAAGCGAGGCCCUCCCCGCCGGCUGGAGCGACUCCUACGCCCUCCGCUACGUGCACCAAGGUCGCCUCUACCUCUUCAAAGCUACGAAAGUCGACGACGGGCUCAUGCUCAACUUAAUCCGCGUGGACGAGCGCACCACCUCUCUAGUCCACCUCAACAGCAACCUGGUGGCCAGCCGCACCGGCAGUCUGGCGCAGAUGCUCCCCAAGCACUCCGAUAUGAUGCAGCAGAUCCGCAGCGAGCUCAUCGACAAAGUCGUGGCUUCCAGGAACAGCCGCGACGGCUCCAGCCAGACCGCCCCCGCGCCGUCGUCGCCCCAGCUGCCCCCCAACCCGCACCCCAUGUCGCCGCUGCUGGUGGACCCGCCUAGUUUCCCGCGCCGCGGCGUGGGGGUAGGCGAGUUGGAUUUAAACCCGUUCGGCCGGAACCCGCUAGGGUUCCCCGGGCCCAUGGGCGGCGGCGGGAUGUUGUUCGAGCCGCCGCGCGGCGGCGGCUUCCCGCAAGCGCCCGGAUUCGGGAUGCCGCCGGGGGCCGUGCCCCCGGGCGCGCGCUUCGAUCCGUUCAGGCCACCGGACGUGGACAGGUUCCCCCGCAGGCCCCCCAACAGGCCCGACAACGACGAGUUUCCGCCCCCGGGUUAUGACGAUAUGUUUAUGUAAUGUAAUUUUUUUUCAUUAUUAAAUUUCUAUUACCUGUA